AUGACAACUAUCGGCGAUACCAUGGACUUUGACAGUAGCUCCGAAUCACCUGGCAACUUUGCUACACUUUAUCGUUGGUCACCAUACAGCACAAUGCGAGCCACGAAAGACAAUGUCUCCCAAAUCGCAACGUCAUUCCUUGAAGCUUUCGACAAACUCUCAGCAGAGGCACAUCUCGCCCUGCGCGCGGAUAUCUGUAUGCACAUUUUCGCCCCAACCUCCCUCGGUGUGCCAACCAAGAGCAAUGAGGAAUUUGCAUCCCACCUGACCAACAACAUCAUUUUCCAUCUUCGGUAA